UGCUCCGGUAUCUUCCCAGCCGCUCCAUGAGUUUGUUUAAAGAUUUCAAUAAGCGAUUCCUCCAUUUCCUACAGAAGAUUAUCAAAGAGCACUACAAGACCUAUGACAAGAACAAUAUCCGAGACAUCACUGACUCCCUCAUUCAGCAGUGCCUGGAGAAAAAAGUGGAAGCAAAUACUGCCACGCAGAUCCCUAAGGAGAAGAUCGUUAACCUCGUGAACGACCUCUUUGGAGCAGGCUUUGACACCGUGACAACUGGCCUGUCCUGGAGCCUCUUGUAUCUCGUGACGUACCCCAACAUCCAGAAGAAGAUCCAGGAAGAACUAGACCAGACCAUCGGCCGGGAGAGGAGACCGCGGCUGUCGGACCGAGGCACGCUGCCCUACACAGAAGCCUUUAUCCUGGAGAUGUUCAGGCACUCCUCCUUCCUGCCCUUCACCAUCCCGCACAGCACGACCAGGGACACGGUGCUGAAUGGCUACUACAUCCCAAAGGACCGCUGCGUCUUUGUCAAUCAGUGGCAAGUGAAUCAUGACGAGAAACUUUGGAAGGAUCCACUGACCUUCAACCCGGAGCGUUUCCUCAAUGCUGAAGGGACCGAAGUGAACAAAGUGGAUGGGGAGAAGGUGCUGGUUUUCGGUCUGGGGAAGAGGAAGUGCAUUGGGGAACCCAUUGCCAGGUGGCAGGUCUUCCUUUUCCUGUCCACCUUGCUCCAGCAGCUGGAGUUCAGUGUCUGCGACGGCAAGAAAGUGGACAUGACGCCGCUCUAUGGACUGACCCUGAAGCACAAAAGGUGUGAGCACUUCCAGGUCAAGCAGCGCUUCCUCAUGAAGAGCAUCAGCUGAGCAGCGGGCUUAUCCAUUGCCCAGACAUCGCCAGGGGGCAAAGACUUGGGUGUCUUUGUAGCACAGCCGGGGCUGGUACAACUUUAUGGGAUGAUAGAGUAAACUGAAGCCAUUG